AUGGAGUCGAGCGGGGAGCGGCGGGUGCCGGCCGCGGCGCUGCUGCGUGAGGAGCUGCGACUCGUGGAGGCCGUCAUCGCGGGGCGCCGGCGCCGGCGCGUCUACCGGCACCACGUCUUCUUCCGCGCCCUCCUCGCGCUGCGCGCCGCGCUGGCGCAGGCGCUGCCGUCGUUUGCCCAACGCGCCCCCGCGCCGCAAAAGACGGUCACGCACCUCCUCGCGCGCGCCGUGCGGUGCGGGGAGGCGGCGGCGCUGGAGUUGAGUGCGGCCCGCGUCGACACCGUCGCCCUUGCGGCACUCCUGCUGGCGAUCGCGGCACGCGUCGGGUGCCUCCUCGCGCCCCUCGCCGCGCGGGAGCGGGGCGCCUUCGCCGAGCUGCUCCCCCCGGCGGAGGACGAUGGCGGGCCGCAACAGCGACGGGGCGUGCGGUUGCGCGUCGCAGCUCUGCCGCGAACCCGGCGGAAGCGCACACGAUCGCCGGAGGGCGCCGUGGCACUGCGGCGGCCGACGAUUGGGGGCAUCAUCGAGGCGGCGCUUCGCUGA